CCCCUCCCCCUCCUCAUGUCAUACGUUUUCACACCCCCUCCUCUCCUCCUCCACCUCCCUGUCUCUAUCUCCUCAUUGCGCUGUAUCGCCUCACUUCCUCCGCCAGGCUUCAAACAGGCUGCAGAAUGUCCAUCGUGAGCGUUGUUGCGAGGGAGAUCCUCGACUCCAGAGGAAACCCCACCGUGGAAGUGGAUCUGAACACCAGCAAAGGUUUGUUCAGGGCGGCGGUACCGAGUGGUGCUUCCACUGGCAUCUACGAGGCUCUGGAGCUGCGGGAUGGAGAUAAAACUCGCUACAAGGGCAAAGGUGUCAUGAAGGCUGUGGGUCACAUCAACGACACCCUUGGACCGGCUCUCAUCCAGUCGGGCAUCUCUGUUUUGGAGCAGGAGAAACUUGACAACCUGAUGAUCGAAAUGGACGGCACCGACAACAAAUCGAAGUUCGGGGCCAAUGCUAUUCUGGGAGUCUCGCUGGCCGUGUGCAAAGCUGGUGCAGCAGAAAAGGGGGUGCCUCUGUACCGUCACAUCGCUGAUCUGGCAGGAAACACAGACCUGGUCCUCCCAGUUCCGGCUUUCAAUGUUAUCAACGGCGGCUCCCAUGCUGGGAACAGGCUGGCCAUGCAGGAGUUCAUGGUCCUUCCUGUUGGUGCAGAGUCUUUCCGGGAUGCUCUUCGUGUUGGGGCAGAGCUCUACCAGACGCUGAGAGGAGUCAUCAAAGAGAAGUACGGUCAGGAUGCUACGAAUGUGGGUGACGAGGGCGGCUUUGCCCCGAACAUCCAGGAGAACAACGAAGCUCUGGAGCUGAUCAAGACUGCGAUCGAGAAGGCGGGUUUCACAGACAAAGUGGUGAUCGGGAUGGAUGUGGCCGCCUCAGAGUUCUUCAGUGAGGGCAAGUACGACUUGGACUUCAAGUCUCCGCCGAAUGCAGCUCGCAACAUCAGCGGCGAGGAGCUGGCCAGCAUCUACCAAGGCUUCAUCAACAACUACCCAGUGGUUUCCAUUGAAGACCCCUUUGACCAGGACGACUGGCCAGCGUGGUCACAGUUCACAGCAUCAGUUGGCAUCCAGAUAGUUGGAGAUGAUCUGACCGUCACAAACCCUCGAAGGAUUCAACGAGCAGUGGAGGAGAAGGCCUGCAACUGUCUGCUGCUUAAAGUCAACCAGAUUGGCUCCAUCACUGAGGCCAUCAAGGCAUGUAAGCUGGCCCAGGAGAACGGCUGGGGGGUGAUGGUCAGCCACCGCUCUGGUGAAACGGAGGACACGUUUAUAGCUGACCUGGUGGUCGGACUCUGCACCGGGCAGAUCAAAACCGGUGCUCCCUGCCGAUCAGAGCGUCUGGCUAAAUACAACCAGCUGAUGAGGAUUGAAGAGGAGCUUGGCGAUCAGGCUCAGUUUGCCGGACACAACUUCCGCAACCCGAGUGCGCUCUGAGCAUCACGCAGGAAAUCGACAUUGAACAAACACAGCAAAAUGAUAAGAUCCCAGAGGUUGGAUUCACUCAAGACUAACUCAUUUCCAAAUAUCUAAACUUCUGUUCUGCCGCUAACGUUCAUUGAUCAGGUGCUUCAGUGAGUGAUUGCCCAGAGUAAGUUGCACUAAAUCUCCCCGGAGGCACUUCUCCUCACGCACCUUUGCUCCUCUGCUUCCUCUGGCUCGAUGUGCUUAGUUGCUGUUUGUUCCUCACAUUCCUCCUUCUUCCCUGUUGUGACUGUAAACGGUGUGUGUAACUUUGUUGUUUCACUCCUAAUAAAUGGAUAUGUUGAA